AUGCAAAACAUCCCUUAUGCCAAUGCCAUAGGUUCUGUCAUAUACAUGGCUAAUCCUGGAAUGCCUCAUUGGGAAGCUAUUAAAUGGUUGUUCAGAUAUUUGAAAUCUACUGUGAAUUGUGGUCUCUCUUUUGAUAAAUCUGAUGAUGGGGUCAAAUGUGUUGGUUAUGUUGACUCUAAUUAUGCUGACAAUAAGGAUAAUAGAAAGUCUACCACUUCCUAUGUGUUUACUCUCUGUGGUUCUUGUAUUAGCUGGAAAUCUCAAUUGCAGGGGAUUGUAGCUCUGUCCACAACUGAAUCUGAGUACAUUGCAGCUACUGAGGCUGUAAAGAAAGCAAUUUGGCUGAAUGGAGUCCUGUCUGAACUUCAACACAUUGAUGAUAAACCCUUGUUGUUCUCUGAUAGUCAGUCUGCAAUCCAGUUAUGCAAAAAUCCUGUUUUCAUGAUAGAACAAAACAUAUAG